GGUGAUAGUAGAGAAGGCGGGAGGGAGAGUAUGUUCGAGGGGAAAACGAAGACAACGAAUGACGGAGGACAAGGAGGGAUGGAAGCAAGUGGUGAGGACGAUACGAGUGGUAUGACCGAUGCCUCCCGCCUCGAGCCGCCUCGCUCGUACAUUCCCUCAACCGUAAUCCGUAACCCGGAAUUCCCAACUCACCCACUCCCUACAUUCUCCGCCCGCCAGAAAUCCAAAAGCUGUAGUCCGGACGCCCUCGGAAGGACUUCCAGACAGAUCCAGAUAUUGAGCGAGUGAACCAGCCGAAGCCAGCACAAGACGAGGCCGCCCCCUGAAGACGUGUGGGUCGCUGUACAAUGGGCGGAGGCCAAGCCUAACGGGCUGCAGGAUGAUGGCAGCUAAUCCGUUCAAACAAGGUAAGUAUGCACUUUUUCCAGAGGUGGGCUUAUGUGGGGGGCGCCUUUAAGUAAAAGAGGCCCUCCCCCUUGAGGACAUCCAGCUCGAUGAUCAUCCAUGGUAAACAACGUCGACAUCGAUAUGAAAGGGGAGAGUCCUUGACAGAUGUGUCAUGGGUCGACUGGAAUGAGGAAGGGAAGGAUAGGACGGAUCACAGAUAUAACAGACAUUAUCUAUAUUUCCAGUCGAUGAUCUCGUCGCUCCAUAGAAAGAGUGUUCGAAAAGAGUGGCGACAGGAGAAGAUGGAAGAUUAAGGCAGUACAGAGCCUGCAAAAAGUGUCAAGAAGGGUAUCGCUUUGUAAGGAGUGGAAUGUUGGUCAACGAUGAGAAAGGUCGAAGACUUCGAC